AUGGCGAAGAAAACUAAUCAGAGUGAAAAAAAAUGCUACGUUUCUGUUGAAUUCUCGGAGCAGUGGUGUAUCUACCGGAUUCCUAGCAAACUCCGGAAUGUAAAAAGUGAAGCAUACACUCCUCAAUUGAUUUCAAUAGGCCCUUUCCACCACGGCAAUCCGAAACUGAGGGAUAUGGAAAGACAUAAAAUGAGAUAUUAUGAGAAUUUCUGCCAACGAACUUGGAAGACAAAGGAGGAACUAGAAAACUUCAUCCGUGAGAAACAAGAAGACAUUCUUCGUUGUUAUGCAGGGGCCAUUGAGCCAAACUUCAUCCGUGAGAAAGAAGAAGACAUUCUUCGUUGUUAUGCAGGGGCCAUUGAGCCAAACUUCAUCCGUGAGAAAGAAGAAGACAUUCUUCGUUGUUAUGCAGGGGCCAUUGAGCCUGAUAUUGACUUUCUGAAGGUAAUUCUAAUUGAUGCCUGCUUCAUCCUUGAACUCUUUUUCAAGAACGUUAACUGUCAAACCGAAAAGAAGGAAAAUUAUUACCUUUUAAGAUCGCCAUUGCUGAGGAAAGCUGUAGAGCAGGACCUGAUACUCUUGGAAAAUCAGCUUCCUUAUCCUCUUCUUCAAGCGCUAUAUGACUUUGCCAUCCCCACCAAUUCCAGUUCCAAUCCCGGAAAAAAUGUUCAGGAGAAAGAAGAGGCGGAUGACCUGCACAACUGCCUGCCUUGCUUCCAGCCUUGUUUUCCAAUUUCCCACUCGACCCCUUCUAGAUCUGAUGAUCAUCGUAUGGAGAUUGAGAAAACCGAACAUGCUUAUGAUCACCCCUGCUUCCAGCCUUGUUUUCCAAUUUCCCGCUCGACCACUUCUACAUCUGAUGAUCAUCGUAUGGAGACUAAGAAAACCGAACCUGCUUAUGAUCACCCCUUUCUAAAGCUUACUUGUGAGUUCUUUAAGGAAUACACGAAGUUACAACCCAUUAAGAAUGAACAAGUGAAACAUUUCACUGACUUGGUAAGAUAUUUUAUGUGGCCAGAAAAAGAGAUUAUGCGGACAGAAAACAUGAAUUGGGAAGGAAAUGGCGAGUACAUCCGUACCAAAACUAUAUACGACGUAAGAAAGCUGAAGGAAGCAGGGGUGAAGUUUAGGCCAAAUGAAGGUGAACGCUACGUCAUAAAGAGAGUUGAGGACCACAAAUGUAAUUUCAAAAUGGCAUGUUUUAGAAAUAUGAACUUGAAGCUUACAAAAUUUCGGGCAAGGUAUGGGGAAGAUUGCAUUAUUCGAAACGUGAUGGCCUUGGAGCAGCUUAUGUACCCAGAGGAGGCUUAUGUUUGCAGUUACUUUUUGAUGCUGGAUCAGCUUGUGGACACUGUGGAAGAUGUGAAUGCGCUGAUUGAAAGCCAUGUUAUAGUUAACUUGCUAAGCAGCAGCGACGCAGUGGCGAAGCUGAUUAAUUCACUUUGUCAGGAGAUUAUGGUUAGUGGAACCUGCUAUACAAAUAUCUGUAGUAAGCUUAAGGAGCACUACGAAACCAGCUUCUGCAACCGUAACAUUUCGAUCCUGAAACGAGUUUACUUCAAGGAUCUUUGGACGGGCAGUUCAACUAUACUUGGACUCUUUGUGCUGGUUUUCUCCAUCAUUGUAUCCAUCAAGUCUCUCAUGAAGUAA